AUGGGCUUCAGCUACCGACUCAAGAUCGGGCUCGUUGUUGUCGUUAUCAUGGUGCUGGGGUUUUUUAAUGAGAGUCAAGGUACAGCACACUACGGGGAGGACAGUGUGGGGUCAUUUCCGUACUUCGAAUACAAUGUGCCUCGGAAUGUCACUACCGUGGUCGGUCAGACCGCGUUCCUGCAUUGUAGGGUUGAACAACUUGGGGACAAAGCUGUAUCAUGGAUUAGAAAGAGGGAUCUGCAUAUAUUAACGGCUGGGAUACUGACUUAUACUUCGGAUCAAAGGUUUCAGGUAAUCAGACCGGAGAAGUCAGAAAAUUGGACGCUCCAAAUAAAGUUUCCGCAAGAACGGGACGCGGGAAUUUACGAGUGUCAAGUCAAUACUGAACCGAAAAUGUCCCUGGCCUUUCAACUGAACGUCGUUGAGGCGAAAGCACACAUUCUGGGCCCAGUAGACCUGUACGUGAAGACUGGCAGCUCACUGUCACUCACGUGCAUACUGAGUCAGGGGCCACAUGACCUCGGCACCAUAUUUUGGUAUAAGGGAUCAAACAUAAUAGAGUAUAAGGAGUUAGAAGAGAACGAGCUGGUGGAAGAACCGCGAGUGAGACUGAAGACGGAAUGGACGGAACAAUUGACGUCCCGACUGACAGUUGAGAAGCUACUGCCAGGAGACAGUGGGAACUACAGUUGUGUGCCGACUAUGGCUGAAGCUGCUUCUGUUAACGUGCAUGUUAUAAAUGGCGAACAUCCAGCUGCGAUGCAGCACGGGAACGCAAACACAGCAUCACCCUGUGCGCUGUCGGUUAAUUUACUCAUUUCAUUAUAUUGCACGCUCGCUACUUUAUACACGAGUACCGUGGACGGAUUCAGAUGAAAAUUACACAAGGUACUAUGAAACGACAUUGUAUGGCAAUGUUGUUGUUUGUAUAAAUGAGUCUUAAUUAUACUGGUGUAAGGUCUAUUUUGGCGUGGACGUCAAUUGUUGCUUGGUGGAACUUUUGGAUUUUUCUUUUAUUAGAUUUAAUUGUGUUUUUGUACACACAAAAAUACCUACUAAUUUAUCCACCAGUUUUUAUGAAACCGAUGUAACAUAGCACUACUAUUUUUUUUUUCGUCUGUAUAUUAUACUUCUCUCUCAUCAUCACCUCUUAAUCCAGAUUUUCAGACCCAUUUUAUUUUCAAUGCAAAUACCUACAUUUUGCAAUGUUAAAGGAGUUAUCCCAAAAACCACUACAAAGGUCACCUUUAAAUUCAGAAUGUCAAUAUAAAUCAAAAAACAUAAGCAUUCCUUUUACCUUCAAGCAAAUGAUUAAAUUCGUUUCUCUCAUUUGUACCUUACAUAUGUCAAAAAUGGUCGAAUAAGUUUUAAAACGAUUUGAACGGACGAAUUGUAAUGGCCAAUCGUAUAUUCUAGAAACAGAACACCAUUGAUCUUUGAUUCCAAACUGCUAAUUCGAAUUGCCAAUGGAUUUUUUGGUCCAAUAGCCAUGAUCAGUGGUUUCAAUAGAAUUACGUUUUAUCUUUGUUUUUGUUGAAUUUGUUUUAUUUUUGUUUUAGAGCAGAGGAAUGUAUUCAAAGAUUGUUGCUAUACAAUUCUGUCUUUGGCGAUUGUUUUCCUUUUGAAACGAAUUUAGGCCAAUUGUGCAUUUUUAUUUUACAAGUUAAUAAAACGAUUACUCAGUGAUUUUUGCAUUUUUAAAUUGUCCUGUUAAAAGCAACUGAAAUACCAAUUAAAUGUCAUCUUCCAACAAUUGACGUCGUCAGUCAAAAGUUUUCAUUGAAAUGUGUAUAGAAUAGCCUUCAUGUUGAUAAGACUAGGUUAAGACAAUUAUUGUAAUUAAUUUUAAUAAUUUAUUUUAAUAUUAUAUACUGCCGGGAUUAUCUUGUAUAUGUAUCAUUUACUUAUAACACUAGCUACUGUUAAAGUAACUAGAACCAAAACUUCUUUGGUGUUUUAACAAAAAGGUUAAACAGACGUUUGGCAUAAGAAAAUGUGUUCGUUUUUUAAAUAUCUGUCAAAUGACCGUUUGACUUUUUUGUAAUAACACCGGGCUCUCACAGUGGUAUUGAUUCUGUCUUUUUUUAAAUAAGCCACUUUUACAAGGAAUGAAUAAAUAGAAAGAAAGAUUGAAGAUUUCUGAAGUUACUCGUUAAGUACCUACACAAGUUUUUCAGAAGCAAUGAUUUGUUUUUUUUAACUGGAUCCGAGUUUUUUUAAUAACAGAAUUUGUCACUUGUUUUCAAAUUUCUACCUAAAACGCUUCUAAAAUACAGUUUGGAAAAUUUUACCAGUAGUAUGCACGAUCUUAAAUCUCUGAACACUUGCCCAGUUUUUUAUACUAUGAAUUUUAUUCAAGAAAAAUAUGGCCUUCGAAUUUCGGCAAAUUGUAUAUACUUGAACUUAAUUUUAACUUAAGUAUAAAAUUGAAGGAACGUGGUGUUUAACUUAAGAGAUAGAGAUUGUAUCAUAAAAUGAGUAGAAUUUUUAACAAAAUAUAUGAAAUAUUUAUUUAUUUUCAACAAUUCUGUUUUUUCGUGUCAUAUUGAUGAUUUUAUCAUAUUAACAAAGAAAGUGACUUUGUAUUUGAAAAUUCUAUUUAUAAUUCAAAAGUUUAUUAAAUGCAUACCUACCUACCUUUUCAUUUUGAAAGUUCAAGAAUAUAUUUUGAUUUAUAUUUGAUAUGCCAUUCACUUUCUUAUUCUAUUAGAUUUUUGUCGCAAGAGUAUUUAAAAAUAUAUUUUAAAUUAUUUAAUUCUACUUUUUAUUAAUAAUUUUUUUCAGUCAUUUAAUUCAAAUAUCUCUAAUUGAAAUCCUAAAAGACUUGUAAAUUUUAUAGAACUUUGUAUAUUUUUUGUUUCACGAUUUUAAAUCUAUAUUGUUAGAAUUAUAACACAAUUAUAAUUUCGAAAAAUGAAUGUUAUAGUUAAUUAAUAGGAAAAUUUAUUGUAAAUAAUUAUAUUUAACAGAAGUUUAAGUACACGAUCGAAAAUAAAAUAGCACCGAAUUAUAUUUGUAUUGUUAUUUUGUAGUUGUUUUUCUAGUCGAAUGUUUAAAUAGUAUAAUAAAAAUUAUGUGUAUUAUAAAUGUAAAUAAUUAUUUGUAAAUAGUAAAAUAACAAUAAUUUAUUGAAAUAUUAAAUUAAUAAUUUGUUACUAUUAUUCAUUUAUGCAAUAAUGUGCGGUAGAGAAUUUUAAAGUUUGGUAAAAGUUGGAUUAAUUUUAAAGGGAUAAAUACAAAUUGUAGGAAACUGAUAAACAAAAUGAUUAUGUAACUAAUGGUAAGGCAAACUUUGACAAAUAAAGAUAGAAACAUUUA